GUUGGUGCCUGUGAAGAGAGGGGUAGUGAGGCUGGUAGGAAGAGAUGGAAGUGGAAAAUCAAAUCUAAAGAGAUCUUUGAAGCGGGAGAUGUUCAAUCCUAAGCAUACAAGCACGGAAGCAAUAGAAAUAGAGGUGUUGUGCCAAGAUGAUGACAGCAAGGCAUGGAUUCCAAUCAAGGAAGGUCAGGUUCAACGAAUGGUUGCAAAUGCCAUGGAAAAUACAGGAAGUAAGUCAAAUUGUGCAGGAAGGAAAAUGCAGCAAUAUGAGUACGCAACACUGAGAAAGCAGGUCAGAAACAUGAGGCAAAAAUACAGCGACAUACAUGUAGCUCUACCCAGAGUAAUAAUUCAUGUGUGUGAGCACGGUGGACAAGAAGACUUGUUUUCAAGCUUUGCUCCAUUUCUGUCUUCCAAUUCUGUCUAUCUCAUGGUAUAUGAUGUGUCAAUACCACUGGAAGCUGAAGCUCAGUCCUCGGUGAGACUGAAUAUUGAAGGUGAUUAUCGCCACUUGAAAGUGAAACUGCAUCACAUGAAAUACAACAAGGACUGGAUCAAUCAUCACUUGUCUACCAUCAGUGUCGGUUCUGUGUCCAACCGUCAUCAAUUAGCAGAUGAGAGUAGGAGUGAAACUGAAGAGAAACUUACAAAUGUUAGCUACACAGAGUCUACUGGAAAUGCUGUAGUAAAGAGUAGUACUCAAGGCAUCGGAUCAGUGUUUGAUUGUGUGUCUCCACCUGUUAUCUUUACAGCCACUCAUGCUGAUAAAAUUGGUGGUAAAGAGGAAGAAGUGAUGAGAAAACAAGAUGCAGUUCUCAACAGAAUGUUACGUGACAAGCCAUACACAGGUCAUGUUUACCGUCGACCACCAGAAAGCCAAUCACCAUUGUUUAAGUCAGAGUUGUGUUUUUGUAUCGACAAUACAAAGUCACAUCCACCAUUAUGGCAAUCUAAUAGAGAUUUAAUGUUGUCGGACUCUGAAGAUGACUCUGAACAGAACCUUGAAGAGGACUCUGAAUUAGUUUUGCUACGAAACUUGAUACUAUCUAGGAUAGAGGAACACUGUACACAAGAACUGAUUCCCCUCACCUGGUUACUGAUUGAAGAUAAGGUGUAUGAAAUAAGAGACAAUUCACAUGACAAGAUCAUUCCGUUUGAAAAGUUUGUAAAAGUCGGUGUAGAGCAAUGUUCAAUGAAGUCGUCCAGUGAAGUGUCUGAUGCUCUCUCUCAUUUGCAUAACUUCUCUAUUGUGGUCUACUUUGCAUCAUCUCCAACCCUUCGUCAUUAUGUAUUCAUUGAUGCUAACUGGGUGUUCACCUCUCUCUCUCGUCUCUGUCCUUUGCAUUCCACGGGUUUACCUGCUAAUCUUCGAAUGGACUUUGACAUGCUUACCAAGAAAGGCAUCAUGUCGCAAGAGCUUGCCAAUUAUUUCUUCCGCGAUGUGAAAGAUGAAGAUCGCAGCAAAAUACUAGAAGCAGCGGAAGUACUUGAUAUUGUGUCGAAACAUGAAAAGUCUGAGCAGGAUAUUGAGUACUUUGUCCCCAGUGCUUUGCGAGAAGAUUGUGAAGCUACAGUUGAGGUGCCAAACAGUAGUAGUGAAAUUGCAAGUCCUGCUCCUCUUGUGUUGAGGCCAGACAACGUUGGCAUGUUUAUAGAGUCAUUGUUCUUUCGUCUCUUGAAUCGAUGUGUUCGUCAGUAUCCGUACAAGCCUUCGAUAUCUCGUAACUAUGCUUUGUUACACAUGGAAAAUGGUUGUGACAUUGAAGUAUUCUAUGUUUACUAUUACGUGGUAGUUGUGCUGACACCAGAAGAAUCAUUGUCAUUUGAAGAAGUGAGAGAGAGCUGCAUUGAUGCUCGCAAAUUUAUUGUCAAUUCACUGCAAGCAGCAAAGCAGCAAGGAUUAGGAGGUUUCAAGUUUUCUGUCUGUUUCCAACAUCUGAUGUCAGGACAAGCAAGUUUUCUGCCCAUCAACAGUGAUCGACUCGUCUCUUUAAAUGACUACCCAAAGUAUCAACGUCUCCUCUAUCCCAAUGAUUUAAUAGCUAGGCUCAAAGUUGAAGAGAAGAAGCCAAUAGACAUUUGGUUUGAUACAAAAGAUCAUGGAAAGCAACAUGCAAGUGAAUCUGCAUUAUUCACAGGCAAUGUCGAGCAAGGUUAUGUAUCUAUAACCAGAGCUGUUGUUCAUUGUGGCAGCAGCCAUUGGCAUGAAAUAGGCCUGAGGUUGGGAAUGAACGAAGACCAGAUCAAGUUAGAAACUCGUGAUCAACCUCGCUACACUGGGAAACUACGUGCCCUGAUUGAAGCAAGGAGAGCGAAAGUGUCCGAACAGCAGACAAUAGAGGAUUUGUUGAAGGCUUGCCGAUGGAUACCUCAACCUAUAUAUGACGAUGUGAUACAGCAAUGGCAGAAAGAAGGAUUGGGGCAGUAGCAGAUUAUUAACAAGGAGCCGAGGAUGGAUGGGAAACAUUAUCCCAUACUACUGACUUGCACCUCCUCACUAGACUACUAGAUAUCUAUAGGGUAUCCUAGUGGACAUUGUGCUAAUGGAAUAGUAGCAAAGACGCUUUUCAAUAUUAAAAUUUUUAAUCAAUUGCAACAGAGACCAUGCAGAAAUCUAGACUAUUGAAUAACAUAUUAAUCAGACCCUGAUUGGA